UCCUGCUGCUGCUGCUGCUGCUGUCGCGACUCGGCGGGCGGGAGGGGGUCGUCGGCGACCGGUCGGAGGGUCGGGAGCCGCUGCAGCCCUUCGACAGGCUGUACGACAGCGGCGUGGAGGCCUAUUACAGCGGAGACUACCCGCGCGUCGUGCAUUUGAUGGAGAGGGCGCUGACCAGCUACCGGCGGCUGCGGGACGGACGCCUGCGCUGCCGCCUGCGCUGCCGAGCCGAGGUGCCCCUGGUGCCCCUGGUGCCCCCUCUGCCCCCGGAGACGACCCCCGGCCCCGCCGAGGAGCUGCGCUUCUUCGGCGCGGUGUUGCGCAGGGCGCUGUGCCUGCGCCAGUGCGAGCAGGAGGAGCUGGGCGGGCCCCCCUCCCGCCACCGGGCCAGCGACGAGGUCCGCACAGACUUCCAUCGGAGGGUCCCCUACAACUACUUGCAGAGAGCCUACAUCAAGGGGAAGAUAUGUCCUCAAGACCUGAAAGCCGUGGAGACACCAGGAGAGUGGAGAAUAGCCUCCAACUUCCCCUGGAGGGCAAUACUGGGGUUGAAGUUGAACCAACUGGAAAAAGCGGCUGAAGCUGCCCACACUUUCUUCAUGGCCAACCCAGAGCACAUGGAAAUGCAGCAGAACAUUGAAAAUUACAAGACGAUGGCUGGAGUGGAAAUGGUCCACUUCAUAGAUCGAGAAGCCAAGCCACACCUAGAGAAUUACAGUGCAGGGGUAAAACACUAUGAAGCAGGCAAUUUUGAGCUGGCAAUUGAGUCAUUUGAGAAAGCGCUAAAGGAAUAUUUCACUGCAGAUAUGGAGUGUCGUGCCUUAUGUGAGGGACCUCAGAGAUUUGAAGAGUAUGAGUAUUUGGAGUAUAAAGCCAGCCUCUAUGAAGCCAUUGCAGAUCAUUACAUGCAGAUCUUGGUUUGUGAGCACGAAUGUGUCAGGGAACUUGCCACCCGCCCGGGACGUCUCUCGCCUAUUGAGAACUACCUUCCGCUCCAUUAUGAUUACUUACAAUUUGCCUACUAUCAAGUUGAUGAAUAUGUGAAAGCAUUGGAGUGUGCCAAAUCCUACCUUCUAUUCCAUCCUGAUGAUGAGGAUGUCCAGGAUAAUGUGAGCUAUUAUGAGAGCCUGUUGGAAGAAGGUUUGGACCCAGAAACCAUUGAACCGAGAGAGGAUGCUGCUAAAUUUUUGAAACGUCACAAAUUGGAAUCUGAAAUUAUAAAAUCAUCUGCAGCUGGCCUGGGCUUCUUGUAUACAGAACCGAAUUACUGGACCAGCUAUGGCGGUCGGCAGGAUGAAAACCAGGUCCCUUCAGGUGUUAACAGUGAGCUGGCAGAAGUACAUGGGCAGUCGAUGGAAAGGAAGACAAUCACCAACACUGAGAGAGAGCUGAAGGAGGGAUUCUUUGAACAACAGAAAAACACUGUUCCUCUCUUCAGAAAAGGUGGCCCUUUGCUAUUCAGUGAUGUCAAGUUUGUUUACAACUCGGAACAGCUGAAUGGAACUCAGCGGGUGCUCUUGGACAACGUCCUGUCCGAGGAAGAGUGUAGGGAGCUCCACAGUGUGGCCAGCGGAAUAAUGCUUGUUGGUGAUGGAUACAGAGGAAGAACCUCACCCCACACUCCCAAUGAGAAGUUUGAAGGGGCCACUGUCCUUAAAGCUCUCAAGUUUGGUUAUGAAGGUCGAGUCCCAUUGAAGAGUGCCCGCUUGUUUUAUGACAUCAGUGAGAAGGCCCGCAAGAUUGUGGAAUCUUAUUUCAUGCUGAACUCCACUCUGUAUUUCUCCUAUACACAUAUGGUUUGCAGAACAGCCUUGACUGGUCAGCAAGACAGAAGGAAUGAUCUGAGCCACCCCAUACAUGCUGACAACUGUCUACUGGACCCAGAGGCCAAUGAAUGCUGGAAGGAGCCUCCUGCUUACACAUUCAGAGACUACAGUGCUCUCCUGUAUAUGAAUGGAGACUUUGAAGGGGGAGAGUUCAUAUUCACUGAAAUGGAUGCCAAAACUGUGACUGCCUCUAUAAAACCCAAGUGUGGUCGCAUGAUCAGCUUUUCAUCUGGUGGGGAGAACCCUCAUGGGGUGAAGGCAGUUACCAAGGGACAGAGGUGUGCCGUCGCUCUGUGGUUUACCUUGGACCCACUUUACAGGGAGUUGGAGCGACUACAGGCUGAUGAAGUGAUAGCAACAUUAGAUCAAGAGCAUCUAGGGAGCCUUGAACUGAAUAUCAACCCAAAAGAUGAACUAUAAGAAUUGACCAAGAGUCUUCUAUCAAAUAUUUAUUUAAUAAUGUUAAUCUUAUAGAACCAUUUUAUUUUUGUACAGAGCCUUGGUAUAAAUUAACAAGAUAAUAUGAAUCACCAAAGUGUCUCUUCUGUUUGUUGAGGUUUCUUAACUGUUCUUAUGUAUCUUUUGCUUGAUCUUGACUUUACGUAGAUUCACCUUUGAAGGGAAAGCCUAGUUAUAUUUUGUUGAACCCGGCUAGGCUAUGAAAAUUCUAAGAAGAAUGAUUUCUAUUUUAAGUAGGAUUCAACUGUGCCUUGUUUACACUCUUCGUGAAUUGCCUGGUUUGGUCUGGAAAGACCCUUCAGAUCUAAUUUAUUCACUCCCUUAUGGCCUUUCAAGCCAUGCUUGCUAGUGGCAUCACUGAUUCCAAACAUGUUUUUAGUUAUAGGUGAGGGAUGCCGGCGUACAAUGCCUCCAUGUGUCAUCUACCACAGGGACAGUCAGACGCUGAAUGAGAUGGUCAUUUCAGUGAAAAGGGCUGGUCAGAGGGAUUCUUUUCCUAGUCAAGCCCAGGUUGAUUUUUGGCUCUGGAAUAUACAGAUUAAACUUGCUCUGGAAAUCCUUGAGCCUAAUUAAAUGCAAAAUUGCCUUUGUUGCUUUGAAAAUGCUCUUUAAAGUAUUUCUGGCUUAUUAAAAGGUCAAAGAGACUGUUUUGCAAGGAAUUUGGAAAACCUUCCUGGUCAUUUUCUGGUGCCAGAGACCUACAAUUCAAUUGCUCAUUAACUCCGUUGUAGAUUGCAACUCCCUUUCUGCUUCUUUAAGCAGCGAUCACAGGAUACUACUGUUCAAUUGAUUUUGUUUUAAACCUUUGUGGGCUUUUGGGGAACUGGAUAUGUGGAAGAGGGUGGAGGGCAGGAGGGGGAUGCCUUAUUGCUGCUCAACAGCAUAAAGCUGUGCUUCUGUCUGGUUGUCUUAAUAAAGGAGAAUUUUAUUUAUUUUAA